AUGUCGUGGCAAUCAUACAUUGAUGAUCACUUGAUGGCGGAGAUCGAGGGUAAUCAGCUCACCGCCGCGGCCAUCCUCGGCCAUGACGGCAGUGUCUGGGCUCAGAGCACUACCUUCCCUCAGUUCAAGCCUGACGAAAUCAGUGCUAUCAUGAAUGACUUUGAAAAUCCUGGUUUACUUGCUCCUACUGGCUUGUACCUUGGUGGUACCAAAUACAUGGUAAUUCAAGGUGAGCCCGGGGUUGUCAUCCGAGGGAAGAAGGGACCUGGUGGAGUUACAGCCAGUGCAACAUGGUUGUUGAAAAGAUUGGCGAUUACCUUAUUGAUCAGGGUCUUUGAUUGUUUUGUGAAACCUGAUACAAGUACCUGA